GAGGAGGAGGAGGUGGUGUUGGAGGAAUGGGAACUGUGGAGGGAGUAGGAGGAGGAGGUUCAGGAGGAGGGGUGACCAAGUUUGACAGACAUGACCCACGUCAGGUUUUGAUCUCUGAGGCCAUAGCUAAGAUGAUUGUGCGUGAUCUGCAGCCAGUGUCCAUAGUGGAAAAUCAAGGCUUCAGAGAGCUGCUGCAGCUCUUGGAGCCACGUUACACUCCAGAGCCUCAGCACUACAUCCACAGCCAGCUCCUCCCAGCCUACGCCUACCAAGUCCAGCUGACUACCCGUCAGGCCCUGGCUUCAGCACACGCCCUCAGUCUCAGCCUGGAUCUCUGGAGGGGCUUUUCUGGAGCCACAUCAGGGUACCUCGGUGUCACCUGCCAUUUUCUUACAUCUGACUGGCAGAUGCGUUCAGCUCUGCUGGCGUGCCUUCCCUUGACUGGUGGCAGCUCUGGGAAUCGCGUGCUGUCAGAUUUUGAUGAAGUGUGUCACUCUCAUGGGGUGUCAGGGAGAGCAUUUCGUGUUGUUGCGGACCCUUUUCUGGCAACAACGACCAUAAAGCCAUGUUGUCUUCCUGGUUUCCUGAUUUCACCUCCUCUUGCUAACCUGCAAGAUGACAAUGAUGAAGAAGAGGUGGGCAAUGGUAACGAUGUGGAGGAAGGGAUCAGGAACGGCCAUGGUGAUGGGGGAGAUGAAGGGGAAUGGGAGGACUCAUGGGAGCAGGGUCUCGGUGUUUGUCGGGUGGACUGUUUCUCUCGCUCUCUUGAACAGUGUGUUAGAGAGGGGUUACGCUCUUGUCCACAUCUCUCCUCCACACUGGCCAAGGCAGCCUGUUUCUACAACUACAUUACCUCUGCUGUCCCACCUGAGAAACUCAGCCAGGUGUUUGAUGGCAUUGGGCUGACAGUGGGGGGGCCACGAACUACCCUUCCUGCAGUAAGAGACUGGGCUGCUCAGCUUAAGGUGCUUCGGCGGCUGUUGGACUCAGUGGAGUUCCUGGAGGAGGUGAGUGGUCCAGGGGAGCUGGCGCUGGGUGCUUCAGAGAGAGCUCUCCUGAGGGAGCUCACUGACACUUUGGAGCCCUUCACUGAGGCCUGGGACAUGGUGCAUGGGGACAGACAGGCAGACAUACAGACAGACAGACACGUGUCCAUCAGCCUGGGGCUGCCGUGUGUCCUGGGCCUUCGGAAGCAUCUCUCUGAGACAUCAACCCCCCACUGCCCCUCUCUGCUGGUGGGCCUCAGCCAGGCUGUAGAGCGUCGGCUGGCCCCUAUCCUGGAGGACCCCCUCUACAUCACUGCCACCGCUCUGGACCCCCAGUUCAAGCUCACUUGGAGCAGCAACCCUGACUGGCACAGACAAGUUCUCAUAGAGGAGUUAUCCAAACAUUCCACAGCCUCCAGCCCCAUAAACUCCACCACAGACCUACACCCUCAAUCCAAGACUCCCCCUGCUCCGGCUCCAUCGCCGGUCUCCUCACUUUCUCGGCCCUGCAAGCUGUUCUCUUUUAUCAAGCAGAGACCCACAACACAGGCCAAGAGCCUAGAGCAGGAGUUGACCGUGUAUCUACGAGAGGAACCCACAGAUGAGGAGGCUUUGCAUUACUGGCGGCGUAAAGCAAUUGACUUUCCUCUGCUUGCCCAAGUGGCCAAGAGGGCAUUUACCAUACCUGCUUGUGGCACUGUGGUGGGGAGUAUUUUCACUACUGCUGGGCGCUGCCUGCGGCCAGAGAGAGGCCGUAUCUUACCAAAGAACCUGGAGACGCUACUCUACCUCAAAGCCAACUACAGAUUACUAUGGACUUAGAGCUAAGGGUCAAACAUUUGUUUUAACUAAACAGCAACUGAUAGCUUUGUACCUGCAGUAAUGUUACUUCUUGGAUACUAACCUCUGUUCCUCUCUAAGGAAAGUGAGCUAGCAACAUAACACAGUACUCAUACUACACUGAGAUGGAGUGAACUAACCAGAAUUUCAGUGCAGAGGCUCAGUUUUAGAAGGGGUUUCCGGACUACAGUGGGUAUGGAUCGCUGUCUGUUUACCAUGUAGCCUGCAUACAGACUAUCAUACCACAUGCUGUGGACUGAAGGGACUAGAAGCAGAUCAAUACUUAUGUAUUUGCUUUGACAUUAUUUUUGCCUGAUCAGGGUCUCCAGACAACCACAAGACCACAAACCCCCAAACUCUCUAUCAUCCCGACCCAAAAGACAGCUUGUGUCUGUACCAGCCAACAUUGAUAUACCAACAAUAACCAUACGGUCAGUUAUUGCAUACUGUAGCAUAUGAUUUAUUUUCGCUGAUAUACAAUGACCUCAGAGGUUGUGACCAAUUCAUUGGAUGUUGUUUUUGAAGGCGCGUAUCAGCAGGUAACCAAUAAGUCAUCCCUUUAUUGUUUUUUUUCUCUAUCUCUCUCUGUAUGUAUGCCUCA